AUGGCGCAGAGCAGCUGCGGUGUUUCCAAUGGAGAAAGCGUGGAGAUGAUCCAUGAAACGAGUUCUCUGGAGGAUCUGGAGGAGGUUGAUGAGGAGUUCAGUUUUGGAGAUGAUCUGGAGCUGAACCAGUUUGAUGGCCUUCCUUAUUCCUCCCGCUAUUAUAAACUCCUCAAGGAGAGACACCAGCUCCCUAUCUGGGCAUGGAGACACGAGUUUAUGAGUCUUUUAGAAACCACUCAGCUCAUCAUCAUCUCUGGGACAACACAAACAGGCAAAAGUACCCAGGUUCCACAGUGGUGUGCAGAGUUCUGUCUGUCAGCGCGGUACCAGCAUGGUGUUGUGGUAUGUAGUCAGGUCCAGAGACAGCAGGCUGUUGAUUUGGCUCUGCGUGUCGCUGAUGAGAUGGACAUUAAUAUUGGCCAUGAGGUGGGCUACAGCAUUCCACUGGAGAACUGCUGCUCCACUGACACGAUUCUCAGGUACUGCACCGAUGACGUGUUGCUGAGGGAGCUGAUGUCCGACCCGUUACUGGAGCAUUAUGGUGUGGUUGUGAUUGAUCAGGCCCAUGAGCGCACCGUGAGCACAGACCUCCUAAUGGCUGUGCUUCAGGGGCUGCUCCUGCAGCGUGCAGAGCUUCGGGUAGUGCUGCUGUCGGUCACGCCAGCCUCGCACACGCUCCUCACACACUUCAGCAGUGCGGCUCACCUGCAUGUCGAGGCACCAUGCUCACGUGAAGUUCUCUACAGCAUUCGAGGCAGUGCGGAGAACUUCUGUGCGGCUCUGAGACUCGUCCUAGAGGUGCACAAGACCAAAGAGUCUGGGGACAUAGCUGUGUUCCUCGCCUCGGAGCAGGAGGUAGAGUGUGCCUGUAGUCUUCUGGCUAAAGAAGCAUCCAGGUUGAGCAGUCAUCUCAGAGAGCUGGUACCAGUGCCAGUGUGCCCAGGCCAUGCUGGAAUCUGUCCCCCAAUCACACAGCAUCAGAAGAGAGGCAGGAAGGUUUUUCUAUCCUGCAGUCAGUCUGAAGACAUGUUUUGGUCAGUGGACACGGUUAAUUUUGUGAUCGACACUGGAGUCGAGAAGAGAUUUGUGUAUAACCCACGGUUGAGAGCCAGCUCCGAAGUGAUCAGACCCAUCAGUAGAUGUCGGGCAAAGAUCCGGAAAGAGCUGGCUGGACCAGCAGGGAAGUGUUUCUGCCUGUACCCUGAGGAGACGGAGCUCUGUGCUGAGAUUCCUGCUCGGAUCCUAGAAGCAAACCUCACCUCGGCUGUGCUCUUCCUCAAGAGGAUGGAGGUGGCUGGAAUCAGACACUGUGACUUCAUCAGCAGGCCAGAUCCUGAAGGCUUAAUGCAAGCUUUAGAAGAGCUGGAUUAUCUUGCAGCUUUGGAUGAUGAUGGAAACCUUUCUGAGAUCGGGAUCAUCAUGUCUGAGCUGCCCUUAGACCCUCAGAUGUCGAAAGCUCUGUUAGCGUCAUGCGAGUUUGAUUGUGCCAGUGAGGUGUUAACUAUUGCAGCCAUGUUGGCAGCUCCGAGCUGCUUCCUGGAGCCCCCUGUGGGCAUGGAAACGGAAGCCAUGCUGCGUCACAUGAAGUUGUUUCAUCCAGAAGGAGAUCACUUCACUCUGAUCAAUAUCUACAACAGUUAUAAAUGCAGCCAGAGAGAGCCAUAUUUCACGCAGGAGAAGUGGUGUGAGGAUUUCUUUCUGUGCUGCGCAGCUCUGCAGACUGCAGACGCCAUAAGGGCCGAGUUGACUGACAUCUUGAGGAGGCUGGAGCUCCCGAUCUCCGAGCCAGCCUUCGGGAUCAAAUCCAACACGCUCAACGUCAAGCGAGCGCUGCUCUCUGGGUUCUUCAUGCAGAUUGCUCGUGAUGUGGACGGCUCGGGAAACUAUUUCAUGCUGAGCAAUAAGCAUGUGGCACAGCUUCACUGUCGUUCAGCUUAUGGGCACACAGCCAAAGCCCAGAAGCUCGGCCUGCCCGAAUGGGUGCUGUUUCACGAGUUCACACUCUCCAACAGCAACUGCAUCCGGACAGUCACACACAUCUCACCCAAGGCGUUCCUCCAAAUGGCACCGCAGUAUUUCUUCUCCAACCUGCCCCCUAGUGAGUGUAAGGAGCUCCUGCAGCAUAUUCUGGACACCAAGGUGGCUGGGAGUAAAAAGACCGAACAGAGAAUGCAUCCUGUUAUUACAGACACACCAAAAGGACAGGAUUCCCAGUCUUAUGACCGAUGUGUGAUACAGUAACGUGAAAGCGCAUGCCCGAGUCUCGACCCGAACGCUUGAACUGAACCAUUAUCUCUUACUG